AUGUCUGAGUUUAAAGCUGAAGUACAGCUUCUGCUAUUAUUAGGAAUUGGUGUUUUUGCUUUAUGUGCCUGCGCAAUGAUUCCAUUUGGCUAUUUAGCUAUAAAAUAUGAAAGCAAUCUUUGAAAUAAUUUAAGAAAAAAAGUAUAUGAUAGAUAUCCAGAUCUUAAACAAUUACUUUUAGAAAGAAUUAAAAACACCCACUUGCAGCCUGAAAUUCUUCUCAAUGACAAAAAUCUUACGAAAAAAACGUUUUACUUCAAAAACUACUGAAAAUACAUUUGAAGAAUUUCUGUGUGUGCAUUGAUCGUGAUAUUAUUUUCUGUAAUUAAUAUUACUUAUCUUUAUGAAAAAUGUACAGAAUACUUAACUUAUAGGCCUGAAGUAAUGAAAGAGUUAAUAUAUGAGCAAAUUUUGCAGAAUUCAUUAGUAAUAUGAACAAUGAAUUCUCAGUUUGAACUUUGGGGAUGGCCAUGAAUUACAUUAGCAUAUAAAUUUCAGAACGAAUACCCGUUUAAAAAUAGUCUAACCCAAUAUCAAGAAAUAAUGCCGAAACUUAGCCACUCUAAAUUAGUUUUAAGGAACUCAAAAUAUUUAUCAAUAUUAUCUAAUAAGUUUAGGACAAUAUUUUAUGAGCAUGCAAACUCUACUGAUGAUUACUUUAAGUAUGGCGCUUACUCAGCUCAAGAGAUAGCAAAACUUGAUAGCGAUUUGUUCGCACAUUCGGAUGAGAAAGCUCUGGACUUAUUGACUUGAAUAUGAUAUAUUACAAUGCUAAGCAAUAGCUAUGAUGGGCUUAUCGAUGAGACUGAUCAAUAUUCUCAAAGUGUCAUCGAAAAUCAAUUGGCAAAUAUAGUAGGAACAUUUAUAGUUUUUGCUUUAUGCUGUGUUCUCAUAUAUUUUUCAUUGUAUUUUGUGUUCUUUAAGAAGGAAAAGUUAUAUUUGCAGAGGAUCAAAUCAAUGACAAAAAUUUUACCGCCAUAA